AUGGCCGUUCCACCCCCAGCGCAGCCAGAAGACCUUAGUCGUCCUUCCCUAGAAGACGUUGAACGCCGAUUAAGUCGACACUAUUCGAGAGAUCGGACAGACGCGCUCGGAGAAUUGGCGGCACCUGAACCUCUUGCCUCAGGCGAAAAACCUGUCGAUGGAGAGUCUCGAGCUCGUCGCAAAAGUCUCGAGGCGCAACAAGAGGGGGAAGAGCUCGAGGACGAAACCAAAAACCUAGAGUCCACGCCUUCGCACCUCGCGACAGAGAUAUACAUAAUCUCGUGGUUGGUCUUGUUCUCACUCUUUGGAACAUUGGCACGACUCGGGGUUGAAGCGAUUACACUAUAUCCAAAUUCGCCGGUCCCGAGUCGGGUGCUCUGGGCCAACCUUGGAGGCUCGUUCUUCCUUGGCUUCCUGGCGGAAGAUCGUCAACUGUUUCGCGAAGAAUGGGGAUCAAGCAGAGCGCCAGCGUCGGACCAUGCCAAGGUCAAAAAGACGAUCCCACUCUACAUCGGCCUCGCUACGGGUUUCUGUGGUUCAUUCACGUCCUUCUCUUCUUUUAUCCGCGACUGCUUUUUGGCCUUGACGAAUGACCUGGAGUCGCCUUCACCGACCUUGCCCUACCACGUGGAUCCGGUGGUCGCGCAUAGGAAUGGUGGCUUUUCAUUCUUGGCUCUCCUUGCUAUCAUGAUCGUCCACCCAGCCAUCUCUUUGGCAGGGUUGAUGGUAGGUGCGCAGCUAGCGCUGGCACUACAACCGGUCACACCGACACUACCAUUCAGGUUCUGUCGCAAAGUCUUGGAUCCCAUGGCUGUCAUUCUCGGCUUUGGCUGUUGGCUUGGAGCAGUCUUUUUGGCCAUUUGGCCACCUGGGGACGACAUACACUGGAGGUUCCGUGCGGUGUUUCCCCUUGUGUUCGCACCGCUGGGUUGCCUUCUUCGCUUCUACGCGUCUAAACACAUGAACGCUAUUGCACCGUCUUUUCCGCUGGGCACAUUCGCCGUCAAUAUGUUCGGGACGGCGGUGCUCGGUAUGGCUUUUGAUUUGCAACAUUCACAAACCAUCGCUGCAUCCGGAUCAAACGCCUGUGCUGUGCUUCAAGGGAUUAUGGAAGGGUUUUGCGGGUGCUUGACGACAGUCAGUACGUGGGUUGCUGAACUCCAAGGGCUUCGUCGAAGACAUAGUUGGAUCUAUGGCGCUAGCAGCGUGGCUGUUGCAUUGGCAUUGCUGGUUGUCAUUAUGGGCUCAAUGGGCUGGACCGUUGGAUUUGUAUCCCCAGCAUGCAGCUAA